GUGCGGCCUUCGCAGGUCUUUCUCUUCGAAGGCCAGCGGCAAAGACGUCUGCGGGAAUGGCUCAGGGGAUAUGGUCGUCUCAGCGUGUGUAUUACGGAAGAUUGGAGCAAGUUGGAGAUCCGUGACCCUGAGCGCAAGGAGUCCGACAGGAGCUCGAAAUUCGUGAAGAUGCUUGAGGAACUGAGCCAGCGACGCUUUCGCAAGGGAAAAGGUAUCUGGGAGGAUGAGUUUGACUUCCAGGCUGCGGUGUUGCUGGGUAUGCUGCCUCAUCGUAGCAAGCGUAAGCACUCAGAAGCAGCCUCCCCUCCUGCAGCAUCCCCUCCUGCAGAGGAACCAGGGUCACCAGGCAGCGAUGGAACCAGGUCUUCCCAGCGUACGGCCCCCUACCUGGAGCGGCCGCCUUGUGAAUCAGACUAUGCACUGGACGGUAGGGCUGACGAGCUUCUGCCCAUCGACCGACUUGCGUUGUGGCUUGAACUUCGUAGCACCACCACGGAAGAAAUUCUUAGUUUUGGCCUUGAACAGUACUUUGUGGAAUACCCGGCCCCUAAUGGUGAGAACCGCCAGCAGAUGGAAGCCCAAAUUAGGACAACCCCUACAGCCAACAAUGUCCUCUCACAUCUGCAGAUGUUCCGUGACCCUCUUAGAAGGGAUGCCUACUGCCUCAUGCUUGAACAGCUGUUGCAACAUGUCAGGGCCAGAGUUCUUUCAGGUGGCAGGCCGAUCUAUAUUGCGGAUAUGCUGCACAUCAUGUCGGCCCCAGACACUGAGGAGCCGGAUCCUACCGUGCAGGAAGAAGCAGUCGAAUCCGAGAGCUCAUGUCAGUCGGACGAUAUCUUCAAUAGUACACAGCACCGGUUGUUUGCCAUGUUCGAGAACUUGCUUGCUGAACACGCGCAGCACUCCUGCACUAGGUCUGAACGGUCGCGUCGAGCCACUCAAGUGUGGCAAGCCAUGGAACGAGGCUCUCGAGAGGAGGCAGGACACAUCAUUCAGGCAGCCCUUCUGCCGAAUGAGCUGGCACCUUGGUGCCCACUCUGCGAUGCACGGCCCUCGGUGGAGCCGAAGAGCGCAGCGUGCAUAGAGCUGAAAGAACAAGAGGGAACCAAGGCGGCCCAACCGGAUCUCGCGGAGGCAGGCAAGCAGCCGCUGCCUGGGGAUGCCGCUGUUUUACGGCCCCAAAGUCCUCCAACCGGCCACGCGAAGGUGCGCGGACCUGUGAAUCCCACUCCAAGGCAGUGGCCCGAGGCAUCGCGAUCUCCACCUAUCACCUACUAUCUCAGGCACACGCAUGAGAUCACGGAGGCCAUACUGGCUGCCUCGGGCUCUGGAAAUGGACCGCCAAAAGGAGCAACCAGCUCAGGGUCCAAUGCAAUUGCUCCGGCAGUGGCUGCCCCAGCUCAGCCAGACAACAUGGACAUCGACAACGAAACCAAUGAUGGCGCGGAAGGCGCGCGUGUCCUGUCAAUACACUCCAGAUACAACAAGAUCGCGGAUUACUCGGCCCCUGAUGGGGAGCUGGAAGAGGGAGAAACCGGGGGCACCAGCGCACCGGUUGGUACCCGCAGAGCCAACACGCCGCCCCGUCACAGGAGGAAGCGCAGGCAAUCCCAACGCAUGGCGGAUGAGCUCUGCCGUGCAUCCGAAAGCAGCUCACAAAGAGCACACAAUGCACGCUAUCCCGCAGAUCUCAAUACCAUGGACUGA